AUGCCGCAGGCGCAGGCUAGGGCGGUCCUGCCGGUGGUGCUCCUCGGCUGCGGCGGCGUCGGCCGCCACCUCCUCCGCCACAUCGUCUCCUGCAGACCUCUCCACGCCAACCAGGGCGUCGCCAUCCGGGUGGUGGGCGUUGCCGACAGCUCCUCGCUGCUCGUCGCAGACGACGUCCGCGCCAGCGGCCUCGAUGACGCGCUCCUCAACGACCUCUGCUCCGCCAAGUCCGCCGGCUCGCCCCUGUCCUCGCUGCUCGCUCGCGGGCACUGUCAGGUGUUCAACAAGCCGGAGGCAAUGGGGAAAGUAAUCGAUGCUGCUACCAUGCUUGGAAGAACAACCGGUCUGGUGAUAGUUGAUUGUUCUGCAACUUAUGACACUGUUGGUGUGCUGAAGGAUGCCGUGGAUCAUGGAUGCUGCGUUGUUUUGGCAAACAAAAAACCUCUUACAUGUGCUUAUGAGGAUUUUAAAAAGUUGACGUCCCACUUCCGUCAGAUAAGAUUUGAAUCUACUGUUGGAGCAGGUUUGCCUGUAAUAGCUUCUGUAACCCGCAUUAUUGCAUCUGGAGAUCCAGUUUCCCGAAUCGUUGGCAGUCUGAGUGGUACACUUGGCUAUGUGAUGAGUGAGCUGGAGGAUGGAAAAUUUUUUAGUGAAGUUGUGAAAACUGCCAAGGCUCUUGGUUAUACAGAACCAGAUCCACGUGAUGAUCUCAGUGGGAUGGAUGUGGCUAGAAAGGCGUUGAUCCUAGCUAGGCUUCUCGGGCAGCAGAUCAGCAUGGAGAAUAUCAAUGUUGAGAGUUUAUAUCCGAGUGAGUUAGGACCUGAGGUUAUGCCCACAACGGAUUUCCUUGAGAGUGGGUUGGCAAAACUUGAUGAGACGAUUGAAGCAAAGGUCAAGGCAGCAUCUUUGAGGGGAAAUGUUCUGCGCUAUGUUUGUGUCAUUGGAAACACAGGGUGCCAAGUGGGCCUUCAAGAGGUCCCAAAAGAUUCUGCACUGGGAAGGUUGAGGGGAAGUGACAAUGUGGUGGAGAUAUACAGCAGAUGCUACGAGAGCUCCCCGCUGGUGAUCCAGGGUGCAGGAGCCGGGAACGACACCACCGCUGCAGGAGUUCUCGCUGAUAUAAUCGAUCUCCAAGAUCUUUUCCAGACAAGAGCGUGA